AUGACUCUCCCCGCCCCAGGCAACAACAGUCAUGCUGAGUCUCAUCCAGUUGCUGGUGCGGCUGUCGUCGCAAACCGCCCCGCCAACCCCGCUUCAGAGCAGAAGCCACCAGUCACUGAAUCUCUGGAUUCCCGUGGUCAAGACGCGAACGAGAAGCUCCGGGACAUGGUGGACGCGCAGCCCGACGUCGUUCUCCCCGACUCCCUCACGCAGGCCAUCGCCACCGCCUCUGCGAUUGUCAGUAUGUCUACGACUGCGACGACGACAGCUGCCGACGCGCCCGGCCUCGCCGCUGCCACUGAGCCCUCCACGUCCGGAGUCGCCGCCCAGACUGGCGAUGCUACCUGGCGGCCUUACAACGUUCACUUGUUUCCGGUGCUAUCGAAGUCCGCCCGGCCCAGCAAACUGGAGACCGCUCUUCGGCUCGCUAAGCUCGAUGAGCAACGCUGGAAGGAGACGCAAGCCUAUCUCGAAGAACAAAGUCGCCGCCCUCUACGUCCGAGACGUGAUGACGCUGACACAAAGUAG